AUUGGCGCCAAAGACUACCAGUUCCAUUUUUCGAUUACUGCAGUGUCCAGAUUUUGCUGCUUGCUGGUCCAUCCUGCUUGUUUGGGCAAAAUAGGCCUCGAUACAAUAACAGCAUACACACACGAGUAAAUUACUUUCGAGAGGUUAAAUCCUCGUUCUUGAUAUCUUGCUUUAAAAACACAUUCGCUUGGUGUUUUGCUUUGCUUUCGCUUUUUUUUCGUCUCAUCCUUUUGAUCCUUUUGAUCUUUUUCUUUCUUCUCAUUCUCUUCCUCUUCCUCCUCCUCUUUCCACAGCUGUGGCAUGCACGUGAGUUCCGUCUCAUUCCGGCCCGAUGAGCUGCUGAGAAAUGACUUUUUGCUAUUCUCCUUCCAUACUUUUUUCUAUCCUUUUUUUUUACCAACAACAGGUAUAAAUAUCUAGCAGUUGAUACUGAUUUUCUCUGCGCCUGCACUUGUUUCUGCUAUUGUUUGACUUGUUUCACUGCUCACCACAAUGAAGGCCUAUAUAUACGACGAAGAAGACCUCUCGGACUACCAAAAUAACCAUGAUUCAGGCAUUGCUGUGUCUGAAAAGAACCUCAAUGACCUAGGCGUUCUCUACUUCAACUACAGCGACUUGAAGGAUGUUGACAGCCUUGCUAAAGAGCGAAACUAUCGCAACAGAGACCAAAUUGUAUUGAAUCCCCAAACUGAAAAUCUAAAACAAAAACUCGACAUGUUCAUCAAAGAGCACAUUCACGAAGAUGAGGAAAUCAGAUACAUUAUCGAUGGCUCAGGCUUCUUUGAUGUCAGAAGCGCCGACGAGAAAUGGAUCAGAUGUAAAGUAGAAAAAAACGACUUGCUCAUAUUGCCUUCAGGAAUCUUCCAUCGUUUUACUCUAGACUCAACUAAUUAUGUCAAGGCUUUGAGACUAUUCCAAGAUGAACCCAAGUGGGUUGCUUUGAAUAGGCCUGUUGAUCUGUCCAACCAAUACAGAAAACAGUACGAGCAGAAAUACUUAUCUUCAAUCACAGUAUAAUUUGAACAACCCACUCAACAUCUACGUCUAUCUAUAUCUCUAUCUAUAUUUAUAUAUUAUUAAUAAAUAAACGUUGUCCAUAUACACUCAUAAUCAAAAUCCG